GUUUGAGGGCGGGCUUACGAUAUUCGAGUUUUUGAAAACUUCGCGUGGUGCAUAUGCCUAACUUCGGCAUCGUCAAAAACACUGAAUUAAUGAACACGAGUGACCUUUCGAGUGAUACUCCAGUUACCCGUCUAUCAAAAAUUUUGUCGAAGGCUAACUUUCUUGAAGUAUCUAAGACGAAAACAGUACCAAAACUUCAUCAAAUAUCAGAAAUAAUACCUCCAGACAUAGACGAAAGUGCGAAUCAAGAGCCACCUACAACAUCAGUAUGGUCGGAAGCCCCCGAAUUUUUUGUUCGUGAACACUCCAACAGUUGCUCUUCCGGUUAUUAUAGUGGUGCUACAACUCAUUCCGCUCCGGCAUCAUCUAUUUGUGAACGCUUCUAUGAAAUAAAUGCGGAUCGUGAUCCUCCUAUUUCACUAAUCCGAAGCGUUUAUGAAACUACUGAGUCAGCGGCUCCAGGUGACAGCACACUCCGGAGAGCUCAUUCUUGUUCUAGCAGAGGAUGGUUGGCCAAAAGACAUAACCGACAACAAUGGCCUCGCAUUUCUGGUAUAUCCCGAGAGAGAGAUACAUCCUUGGUGGAAGUUGCAAAUACAGAUACGAAUUCAUGUCCUGCUGCCAUAAUCCGUGAUAAUAAUCCGUGCAAUUUGAGACGCUAUUCUCUUCCGCCUGUAGGUGAAUCGGGUUCAGGAAGCACCUCAGAAGCCUCACCCCCUAGAGAUAAUUUAGUUAGCUUUUUAACGUCAGCUAAAAGUCCUAGUCCUGAAAAAAGAAUGGAAUGUUCAAGUUCUUUGCUUCAUCCUAUACCUAAAAAGCAACGCAUAGAAUCACCAAAAGAAACUGAUUGUAACUCUACGAUACCCACAGAGGAGUUAAAUGAAAAUUCAGAACAUGAUAAUAUUGGAUCUUUAUUUUCUAAUCCAAAUGGUGGUCCGAAACCAUUUUUUGAACUCCUGCGUCAUCAUUCGACUCCUAUGCCAUCUUCAUAUUCAUACAAACAUUGCCCAAGUUCUCCUGUGGAGGUAUUCAACGAUGAAAAUAUCAAUAAACCUAAACUUUCAAGAUGUCUUUCCGAAACGCAUUCUGUUUCUUACGAUGCGAUUGCACGUUGUAUUGGCUCUUUGAGCAGUCACAGCUUGUGCAGUGAUGGAAGACGGGCGCGUGCAUUACCUGUAGUAGAUAGGACUGGUUCCGGCCUACAUUGCGUGUCUACAGAUACGGUCGGUGAUCUAAUAUCUGGCUCCAAGCGUAAUAUCAAUUAUGUCAUUGUUGAUUGCCGCUUCCCUUAUGAAUAUGAGGGAGGACACAUUAAAGGAGCAAUUAACAUUUUUACUCACAGUGAUCUAGUUCAAGAGAUAUUUAAUCGUGUCCCUGCGCAAAGACCUCCUGGUACAUCUGGACCUCCACGAUUUCUUGGAGAAGAUCUAGCACGAAGAUUAGCCACUACACAGCGGGAGCCACUUUCUGCACCUUGCGAAUUAAUAUCUGACGAUGAUGAUGAAGAUGAAUUUCCUGAAAAUACAACUUCGGAGAUUUCUGAUUCGGAUCUUGCAUAUCCAAACGAUGAAGUUAUUUUAGAAAAGAAUAUUCAUAGUGAUAGCCCAAAAUCAGAACCGGAUCUUAGUUAUGUUAGCAGUGGUUUAUCAAAUAUUAGCGAAUCAAGCAACCAAGAUCCUCCGUUCGUUGUGAUAUUCCAUUGUGAAUUUUCUUCUCAACGAGCUCCAGCAUUGGCUGCAUUUCUUCGGAGCGUCGAUCGUGUUUCGAAUUACCAUCGUUAUCCAUUUCUUUAUUUUCCGGAAAUUUAUAUAAUGAAAGGUGGAUAUUCUGCAUUUUACCGAAAAUUCCCACAUUUAUGUACUCCGCAAGAAUACGUUAAAAUGUUCCACCGGGAUUACCGGAAUCACUUACGUUUGUAUAAACGUCUUACUCGUCGUGUCAGUUCAGCCUGUAUGGCAUGUAUAAAACCUCAACAAAAUGAAGUUGAUAAAUCCCAAAUACCAGUUUCCGAGGUUGAUAGUUAUUGUCAACUUCCGUUGAAUCUAAAGGUUGGUGUACAUAACAUGUUUACAACACAUGAACCACCAACAUACCAAUUUCGAUCCGAUCGUGAACUGCCUAUGCAUGAGGAUAAUUCCAUCUCCGGUCUUGUCAAUUAUGAAAACAAAGAAAACUACUCACCUUCCGGUUCUGAACUGUGUAGCAAAUCUCAAAGUCACCACUCCUGUUCUGCUGAUAAUGUGAAUGAAGAACCCAAACAUGCUAUGCUUUCUCCUAAUGUUGAAGGUUGUAGCCAAGUGUCAUCAAGUGUGGUCGACAGUCCUCUUGGUUUGGCAGAAGUUGUUGUAAGAGUCGGUCGUCGUGUGAUAGCAGCAACAUUGGGAAGUACCAAUAAUAACUGUUCUGAGGUUGCUCGUGCUUUAGACCGAAUAAAGUAUCACAAUUCACCUCAAAUUAUUCAACCACUUGAAGGGAAACCACCUGUACGUUGUCUUAAGCGUUCACUUACCACUAAUUCAUUGGAUAUUCGUCAUCAGUUAAUUCGCCCAAAAGUUUUUAAUCCAUUUUGUGGUGGCAAUAGUUAUUCACAUAAUACACCUUCAAUAAGAAGAGUUCGAACAAAUUCUAACACUGAUUUAUUGUCCGUUGAUAAUACCGUGAAUAGUAUUCUGGCACCAACAACAUCCACUACUUCAAAUCAAAUCCACCAAGUUCAAUCCUCUCCACAAAAAGAACACUUGUCAUACCAUAGUCUUUCUACAUGUAGUGAAUAAGUGUAUAAUACAUUACUUGUUUUUAUUUUAACGAACUUAUGUAGUUAUAAUCAUCCUUAUUUACAAAUCAAUCCGUAUUCAUUCUGUACAUAGAUGUAUAGUUUGUAUGUACAUACAUGUAUAUUCUGUUAAUUUUUGUCGAACCAUAAAAUUACGUUUCAGAACAAUAUCCUCUUAACUAUCCAUUCAUUUACAACCUGAUAUUCACAAUUCUCUCUUACAUUUUGUUAGCUUUUGUUCUAUUAGGUUUAAAUAGUUCUAGUUAGUUUCACUAGGUUGCAGCACUUUGAUAAUGGUUUUUACAAAAAGCAAUUAUCUCUGCUGUUGAAAUCUAGUGAUCAUUUGUGCUUUGUGACAUUAUUACCGUCUGACGUCCUCUCGGUUAUUGUUUUUCCCUCGCUAUUCGUUUCAGCUUAUGUUCUCCCGACAUUUCGCGUUAUUGACUCUUGGAUUUCACUGACGUGUUAUUUAUUUUGCUUUGUGUUUUUGUUAUGUCUCUUCUUUCUGCAAUCACGUUUAUGUUAAUAUGUUUUUGAAAAAUGUUAAAACUUCAGCUGAUUCGUUUUAUCACCGAACCCAUCUUUUCAGGCAGUCGAUGAAAGUUUGCUUUUGGUAAUGAAAUUUUGCGAAGAUCAAUUAGUACAAAUAUAAACCUGAACUUGAUUAAUUUCACUAUGAAUGUGUCACUGUAAUUCAUAAAAUUCGUUUGACAAGUUUAAAAUACAAGUGUUAUCAACUAUAAAGUUAGUCAGUUAAUUGCAACAUAGAACCUGCACGUAUGUACAUCGGUUCAAGUUGCCAUACCCCAUUAGCACAGAGAUGUAGUUGUCAGGCCAAAUCCCUCAAUAGUAGAGAUAGUGACAAUAUCAGUUGUAAUAUGAAAGAUUUGACACUGGAGAUACGAUUCGAGGGGGAAAAUAUAUUACUGUAAUAAUAACAAGUUAUGAGUUAGUGACUUCGUGGACUAGAGCCAGGUCUAUCCGCCCCUAGUCUUCCAGACUAAUCCUAAACUUAACAGUAUCGCUUGUCGCGGUAGGCAUGCCCCAACCAUCUCAGUUGAUGAAGUCUAUUUAACUCGGCAACGGAUUUGCCAUCUUUACGUAGUAGUCUAUUCCUAAUACAGGUAUUGCUUACGCCGUGGUACCAAACUACACGAGUAAUGCUUUGUGGGCACUUAUGAUCCAAUGUUAUUAACCUGCAACUAUCACCUAUUUUUAAUGGCAAUGUUUCACAUCCAUGCAGUAGAACGAAGCAAACUGCUGCGCAUUAAGCUCGUCCUUCGGUUAGGAGACUUAUGUUUCCCUACCCCACAAGUUGGGAAGUUACAAAGUACACUUUCAAAGUGUCUAGUCGUUUCAUGAAUUUGUAGAAAUUAAAAUAUUGGAUUUGUUUAGAAUUCUGAAAUACACAGCAAUUGUUCAAGAAACAAUUAGUUCAGAUUGUUACCCUAUUUUUAUUAUAUUACUGAAUAGCUAAAAUAAACGUUUCACAACGUUGGUUACAGGCUACAUUUAUGAUUGUACAGAUGAUGACAUUUAGUAGAUCUCCAGGAUACAUUUUCCCUCUAACUCUGUUUCUGUAAAGUAAACUGAUCAAUCCAACUCGAAAUGUAAACGACAGAAAAAUACUAAUCCCUUUAUUUAAUCCACCAGAUAUAUAUAUGUAGUACAUUUGAUUCAGACCCAUAUGAAUAUGAUUUAAGACUGUAUGGUUUAAUAUUUUGCUUAUUCAUUCUCAAAUCUGCAUAAUUUUCUACAAGUGGUUAUUUUUGGAUUUGCAUAAUAACAUGUAAACGCAUAGAUUGAAUGUUCAUUUCCCUAAUUGAAUAGUGGUAAUUAAUUUUAUGAAAUAUAACUGAUUACAUUUUUUAUAUUCACCUACAAUUUAUUCAUAUUUUCAUUUUCAGAAUUUCUUUGUAAGUAUGUUAAUUUAUUAGUCAGUAUGAUGAGAUAGGGAGUAGUUUGUAUUUAAAUAACUAAAUUAAGUGAUUAUUUGUGAUUCAUUAGUAUGCGAGUUUACGUAAUAUUGUUUUAUUGUCGUGCAUCAAUCCCUAAUGCCUCUUCUCUCGAAGUGUACCACAAUAUUUCGUGUUAAAAUUUGAUCAGAACGAAGUGAAAAUAGAUUUCAUGAUAAAAAUGUAAAAAGAAUUUAUUUAUUACGAUUAUAGAUUUAUUUUAGGCAUCUGUAACAUGUAAAUAUUAUUUGUUAAAUAAUGGGCAAGCCG